AGACCAACCAACCUAAGUAAAUAACUACCAAAAAGAAAGGAAAAAAAAAAACUAAACAUAAGAAUGCAUUCAACGCGUUGAGUUGUUGUCUGGAAGAGCUUAUGCUGUUUGUUCGCAAUUCGCAUGGAACCAUCAGUUUCAGCUCCACCAAAACCUUGGGAGAAAGCAGCAUCAUCAUCUGGGCCAGCACCUUUUAAACCCCCAUCAGCAGGUAGCACAAGUGAUGUAGUUGAGGCUUCAGGGACUGCAAAACCUGGCGAAAUAGUUCCAGCUUCCGAUAAGACUGCAACUGUCAAUAGGAAUGCUCUUGGGAGACCCCUUCCCACAAGGCCAUGGGAGCAGAAUAAUGGAAGUACCAGCUAUGGAGGUUAUGGUUCCACAAUGAAUUAUAAUUCUGGAUAUGGAUCUUAUGGUGGAGUGGGAGGGUUGUAUGGCGGAGGAAUGUAUGGCAGCAGUAUGUACAGGGGAGGAUAUGGGGGCCUCUAUGGUUCCUCUGGGAUGUAUGGAGGGGGAAUGUAUAAUGGUGGCUUUGGUGGUCCAAUGGGUGGUUAUGGUAUGGGUGGUGGUGGUCCUUAUGGAGCUGAAGAUCCCAAUAAUCCGUACGGAGUUCCUUCAUCGCCCCCAGGAUUUUGGAUUUCUUUUAUGCGUGUGAUGCAAGGUGUGGUUAACUUUUUUGGCCGGAUUUCAAUGCUCAUAGACCAGAACACGCAGGCUUUCCAUAUGUUCAUGACUGCACUUCUUCAGCUUUUUGAUCGUUCUGGUGUACUGUAUGGAGAGCUAGCUAGAUUUGUGUUGCGGUUGCUUGGAAUCAGAACUAAACCAAAGAAGAUUAACCCUCCAGGUCCAGAUGGACUUCCACUACCUGGGCAACACAAUUCCUCUGUAAAUCAGAACUUCAUUGAGGGAACAAAGCCUGCUCCAAGUGGUUCUUGGGACAAUGUAUGGGAAAAUGACGCCAAAAAAUGAUGAUGCAAAUUUGUUUUGCUGAUAGAGCAAGUCCAAAUACAAACCAAGGAAUUGAGGAACAGAUGAAGCAAUACAAGUGAAUAUACUGAAGCUGUGAAAUCGAUGCUUAAUCUGGAAGUUUAAGUUCAUUAUUGCUUUGCUUAGAUUGCUCUGAUAAGAGAGAACAAACUAGCAAUACAGUUGCCUUCUAAGCAUUUGUUCUGAAUCUUGUAGGAUGCUAUUUGUAUAGAUAGUUGUAUUACUUUGUAUUUCAAAUGUUUCUUAAUCUUUUGGGGGCGACAAAUUGAAAGAAGUAAAUUGAGUGGAAAAAAAAUAUAAGGCAUGUUUGAUUCACUUAUCAA